AUGGCAUUUUUAGCAACAUCCCAAAGCUCUAUCUCAAAUGAUGUCAUGAGGAGCUUCAAUGAAGCAGUGAAGCAGAAUGAUCUGCUUCGCAUUAACCAGCUUGCAUCAAAAGAUUGCGAAAAAUAUUUAGAAGAAAAUACAUGUUACGUAAGACCAUUAUUUAAUAGGCAAGGAAGUGAUGAGAUAAUAAAGAGAUUUCUUACGAUUGAAAUUAGUUAUCGGGGACGAUAUAGUGAAACUGCUCCGCAUUAUGCAGUAUGUUUACAACUUGAGGAAGGGACGAGGUUCCUUUUAAAUGAAGGAGAAGAUCCAAAUUGUAAAACACGAAACGAAUUGACACCAUUUCAUUAUGCCUCAUAUUUUGGAAAUGAGAAAAUAUGUAGUCUUUUAUUAGCUUUUGGAGCGGAAAGCAAUCCAAACUCCUGUUAUUCAAAUGACCCAAUGCAUUUUCUUUGUAGCGAGCGUUAUAUAUUAAACUUUGAAUCUCAUAUUAUUAAAAAUUAUCAUCGUCCAAGCAAUCCCAACGGAGGAAAUCCAUUUAUUCAAGGAAAAUUUAGUUAUAAUCCCUUUUUCCGUGUCUGUGAAACUGGCCGUUUGAGGGAGAUGUCAAUUUUCCUGGAAUAUUUACCGAUUUGCGAAAUUCCGGAAUAUAGGGGUAACACUGCUCUGCAUAUUGCGGUCAUGAACAAUAAAAUUGAUAUGAUUGAUAUACUAGUUACAAAGGGGCAUAGCAUGGAAACAAAAAAUUCCUUGGGACACAAUCCCUUAAUAUCUGCUGUGUGGAUGGAAAAACAGCCAUCCUUACAAACAAUCGAAAAACUGGUCUACCAUGGAGCUGACCUCCAUGCUGUGAGCUUUCAAGGCUGGACAGUUUUACAAAUGUUGGCCUGUUUUAAUAAACCGGAGGUAGUUCUGAAGUUAUUAGAAUUAGGUUCCGAUGAUUUGUGGAAAAUGUCUAAAUCUUCGGAAUUACAGCGAGUGUCUAAUCCUUGGUCGAGGAUUGCAGGUUUUUAUUGCGAUUAUUGCACUAAAUAUAAUGAGUUAGAUGACUAUGUUGAUAAUUAUAUAAAACCUAGUGACCAUGACAAGGCAUUAAUUUUUUUUGCUGAAUCGAUAUUAGAAGUUAUAACUCUGAAGAAAAUUAUGAUUUUUAAAGAUAGGCGUUUUUCGUAUUACGAUUUCUUGACAAGGAAUUUUUCGACUGUUAUACGAAUUAUUAGAAAUGUGAAAUUAACAAAUGAGUUAAUUUCCAUUUCAAAUAUGAGUGCAAAGUUUCCAUGCUAUGCCUACUUAAUUAGAAGAUGA